AUGCGCAAUCUGCUGCUGCCCCGCCGCCUCCUCUCCGCUCCCACCAUGGCUCGCGCUACCGUCUCCGGCUCCGCCGCGGCGGCCAAAGCACUGGUGCCCUUAAACCCCACCCGCGGCGGCCGCCUCCCUUCCCUGCUUCCAGCGCGCCUCCCUGUGCCCGGGAGCGGCCGCGUGUUCCGCGGUGCCUCGCUCCGCUGCUACGCCGCCGCCGCCGCGGUGACUGAGCAGAGCCGCAUCAGGGUGCAGAAUCCCAUCGUCGAGAUGGACGGGGAUGAGAUGACGCGGGUCAUCUGGAAGAUGAUUAAGGAUAAGCUCAUCUUCCCGUACCUGGAGCUGGAUGUGAAGUACUAUGAUCUUGGAAUUCUCAAUCGCGAUGCUACCAAUGAUGAGGUCACUGUCGAGAGUGCCGAGGCUGCAUUGAAGUAUAAUGUUGCUGUUAAGUGUGCAACAAUUACGCCUGAUGAGAGUAGAGUAAAAGAGUUUAAACUCAAGUCUAUGUGGCGGAGUCCAAAUGGCACAAUAAGGAAUAUUCUAAAUGGGACUGUUUUUCGUGAGCCCAUCUUGUGUAAAAACAUCCCAAGAAUUCUUUCUGGUUGGAAGAAACCUAUUUGCAUAGGAAGGCACGCUUUUGGUGACCAGUAUCGAGCUACUGAUAUGAUUAUUAAUGGUCCAGGAAAGCUCAAGAUGGUAUUUGUGCCUGAUGGAGCUGACCCCAUGGAGCUGGAUGUUUAUGAUUUUAAAGGACCUGGUGUGGCAUUAUCAAUGUACAAUGUCGAUGAGUCUAUUAGGGCUUUCGCUGAGUCCUCCAUGGCUAUGGCUCUUUCAAAAAAGUGGCCACUCUAUCUCAGCACCAAGAAUACAAUCCUCAAAAAGUAUGACGGCAGGUUCAAAGACAUCUUCCAGGAGGUAUAUGAAGAGCAAUGGAAGGACAAGUUUGAAGAAAACUCAAUAUGGUAUGAGCACAGGUUGAUUGAUGACAUGGUGGCCUAUGCUGUGAAAAGUGAUGGCGGGUAUGUUUGGGCUUGCAAAAACUAUGACGGAGACGUACAGAGCGAUUUUCUUGCCCAAGGUUUUGGUUCUCUGGGUUUGAUGACGUCUGUGCUGUUGUCUUCUGAUGGGAAAACAUUAGAGGCUGAGGCUGCUCAUGGGACUGUCACUAGACACUUCAGGCUACAUCAGAAAGGACAGGAGACAAGUACCAACAGUAUUGCUUCCAUAUUCGCUUGGACCCGUGGACUUGAGCACAGGGCAAAGCUGGACAAAAAUGAUAGUCUGCUGGAUUUCACACACAAACUUGAAUCUGCAUGUGUUGAAACGGUGGAAUCUGGGAAAAUGACUAAGGACCUUGCACUUCUUAUCCAUGGCCCCAAGGUAACAAGGGAGUUCUACCUGAGUACCGAGGAGUUCAUCGAUGCAGUCGCACAGCAACUGCGAGGAAAGAUUCAACUACCAGCUACUGUGUAA